AUGGAAGUUCCAAAGCUAGAUUUAAGCUCUAUAAGGGAUAAGGUUUCCAGAGCCUUAAAGAAGGACCAGAAAAAGCCCAAGAAGGAAGGGAGAAAACCUAAGAAAGAGAGAUCUGAGGAGAGAAAAAAUAGAGGAAAGAAGUCUGAGAAGAAGCAAGUGCCUACAAAAGAGCAAAAAUCAGAGCAUAUACACAAACGUGAACAUGAAAAUGAGCACACGCAUGGACCUAAAUACGAUCAUCAACAUGUACAUGGACCGAAACAUGAAGCUGAACGUACGCAUGCGCCUAGACACGAUCAUGAAGCUGAACAUACGCAUGCGCCUAAACACGAUCAUGAAGUUAAACAAGCGCAUGUGCCUAAACACGAUCAUGAAGUUAAACAUGCGCAUGCGCCUAAACACGAUCAUAAACAUGAGAAGUCCAAUGAGCAGAAGGAUAAAAAAGUGGAGGCCAAACAAAGUACCUUCGAAUUAUCAAAAUCUGCUGAAGAACUUUUCAAGAAGGAAGCGUUGGAGAUGGGAGCCACUGAGGAAGAUUUAAAAUUGGUGGAAGGCGUGCCAGAUAUCGAAGAGGAUGGCGAAAGAGAAUUCAAAGGUGGAAAGGUUGAUUCAAAAUUGGAGGGAGAUCUCAAGAAGUUUAUGGACACUUUAGGAUUAGGAGAGACUCUUGAAGGAAGAGAUCUUGGAAAAGAAGAAGAAGAAGAGGAGGAAGAGGGGGAGGAACAAGAGGAGGAAGAAAAAGAGGAAGAAAAAGAGGAAGAAAAAGAGGAAGAGGAAGAGGUUAAGGGAGAAGAGGUUAAAGAAGAAGAAGAAGUUGAUGAGGAAGUUGAUGAGGAAGUUGAAGAAAUGGAGGAAACUAAAGAUGACGAACAAACCCUCAAUCCUAAAGCCAGAUUCCAACCUGCCAUUGAUGAUCCUGACCAGAAGCCAGAAAAGGACCAUCAAUUUUCCGAGUCCGAAUUUCAAACUGUGAAUCCAUCAAAGCUUUCUGUACCUGCCGUUAAUGACUGGUUCAACAUUCCGCUGGAACUCAAAUCAACUACUGCAGAUGAAUCUCUUAGUCAGUAUGAGAUUGAUGAUUUGUACGCACGUGCAGAAAAGAUUGUGAAUAAAGAAAAUGAUGCAUACUAUGAAGAGCUCAACAAAUCAUCUUCUCAACGUCGUUUCUUGUCUCAAAUACUUUCAAGUGGUACAUUGGGUGAUAAGAUCUCAGCACUAACUCUUUUGGUGCAGGAAGCGCCACUUCAUAAUAUCAAAGCCUUGGACAACUUGCUUGGUAUGUGUAAUAAGAAGAGCAGAACCGCCGCAAUGCAAUGUGUUGACGCUGUGGCGGAUCUUUUCGUUAAUGGUAUUAUUCCAAGCGACAGAAAAUUGAAGUAUUUCAAGAACCAGCCUUUGGCUAGAGAUCUUACGAAGUCUCAGCUUGCCAUUUUCUACUUUGAGGAUUAUUUGAAAAAAUGGUAUUUUGGCUUUGUUUCCUUAUUAGAGAAGCUUACACACGAUUCCAUUGAAUAUGUGAGAACAAGAGUUGUUGCACACAUAUUCGAUCUUUUGUCCGCAAAACCAGAACAGGAAGCGAACCUUUUAAGACUCGGUGUUAACAAGAUCGGUGAUACAGAUAGCCGAGUCUCAUCAAAAACAUCCUACUGCAUUCUUAUGUUGGAACAGAAGCAUCCAGCUAUGAAGAAGGUUAUUGUGGAUGCUGUCAUUGAUGUGAUGUUCAGGGAAAAAAAUGAGCAGCAUGCUAUUUAUUACAGUAUUGUGACUCUGAAUCAAACAAUUCUCACAUCAAAGGAGGAGAAGCUUGCUAACAAAUUAGUAAAUGCCUAUUUUGCGAUGUUUGAGAAACUUCUUGUUCAGACCGAUGCCGAGAACAUUGGCAAACUACAAGAAAGUGAGCACAACAAAGAAGGUAGACACAAGCGGAACUUCAAGCGUGGUAAAAAAGGUGGAAAGUCUGUCAAGAAAGAGGAGAAAACUCAACAGGAAGUGAAAGAGGAACAUAAUUCUAAGACAUUCUCAGCAAUUUUGACCGGUUUGAAUAGAGCAUUUCCUUUCUCGGAUCUUGAUGAUGAGAUGUUCGAGUCCCAUUUGAACACCCUAUACAGAAUCACUCAUGGUUCCAACUUUAAUACAAGUGUGCAAGCUCUUCUACUUCUUCAGAAGGUUGUGAGUAAGCAGCAAGAGGAAGCAAAGAUUGACAGAUACUAUAGGACACUUUACGAGUCUCUUCUGGAUGACCGAUUACUUACAUCUUCUAAGCAGGCCAUUUACUUGAACUUGCUAUUCAAGUCAUUGAAACAGGAUCCUAACAGAAACAGAGUGCUAGCUUUUGUGAAGAGGAUAUGUCAAAUCUGCUUGAGUUGGAUGAAUAUAGGUACCAUUUCGGGUAUGCUUUUCUUAGUUGUCGAGCUCUCCAAAAGCAUUCCUGAGAUCAAAAACUUGAUGUUCAAUUCUCCGAUGGACGAUGCUCUCAAUGCAGAGGUUGCAGAGGAAGAAAAAGAGAUACUUGACAAUGAUGGUAAAUCACAAGACGAUGUAUCCAAAAAAGAUCAAGUCACCACUGAAAGAAUUGUCUACGAUUCUCGUAAGAGAGAUCCAAAAUUUGCCCAUGCCGAAAAAUCAUCAUUUUGGGAACUCGAGUACUUUGUGAACCACUACCAUCCAACGGUGGACUUGUAUGCGAGCGCUUUGUUGGAAGACAAAAAGGUGAGCAAGCCAGAUUUGGGAUUGUUCACCUUAGGCCAUUUUCUCGACAGAUUUGUCUACAAGAAGCCUAAAAAGAAUCUACCAACAAGAGGCCAUUCUAUUAUGCAACCAUUGGGAGGUCCUCAGACUGGUGAUUUACUUGUGAGAGCUAGCAAUUUGGAAGAGUUACAGAGUAUCCCUGUUAAUACAGAAGAAUGGAACGCUAAAAAAGCGGAAAAUAUCAGACCCGAGGACAGGUUCUUUUUCCAGUACUUCUCUUCCCGACAGGAUAAUUUACAGAGAUCGGAGUAUGAUAAGGGUAUUGACAAAAAGGGUAAGGAAAGUUUUGCCGAUGAUGGUGACUUGGAUGAGGAUGAGAUUUGGCAAGCUUUAGUGGCUUCUAAUCCAGAGGCGGAAGGUGAAGAUUUAAUGGAUGAUGAAGUCAGUGAUUUCAAUAUGUCUGACUUCGACGAUGACGAGGAAGUGAACGAAGCUGAAGAAACUGAAGAAGUUAAUCUAGAAGGCAUUGCUGAUGUUGAUAUUGAUAGCGAUGACGACGAAGAAGAAAUUGUUGAAACAGAAAGAUCUGAGUUAGAAUUGGAACCCGAACUUGAACCCGAACUUGAAUCUGGAUCUGAAUCUGAACCCGACUCUUAUGCAAAGUCCAAAUCAUUGGAAGAUGAAUCCUCUGAUGAGGAUAUCAACGAACUUCUCGAGGCUGAGAAGGAAGACGUAGUAGAUGACGAAAUUGACGAUGAAGAAGACGAAGAUGCUGAUUCUGGUUCAAAGAGAUCUCGUGAAGGUAAUGGCAAGAGAAAGAGAGUGAAACUUUCCUCUCUUCCUUUGUAUGCUUCUGUUGAAGAGUAUGCCGAGCUAUUGAGCGAUGAAAGCCAUUCGGAAGAGUGA